AUGAUAGAGCUGUACGUUGAGUUUGAACAACAGUCGGGGAUGGGUGCGGUCGGCGACGAGGUCAAUGUUGAUGAGCUCGAGGAUAUAGAUUGGGAAGAAGAUAAUAAUGACAGUGAAGAGGAAUUUGAAGCUAACUAUGAAGUCGAUGACGAAGACUUGGCAGGCAAUCCGGCGGUGCAAAAUGAAGCGAAUGCGAUUGUAAGCCAACAUACGUUUGGUGUUCCGUCUUUUAUGCGGACUCUAGAUCUUGAAGCCAUGCAUGUCCCAAAAUUUCCUGAGUAUGCGAAUAUGGGUGAAGGUAACGUUGCGCCGGAAGAUGGCGAGUUUAGUGUCGAAAUAGAAUUUGGUUCGAGAGAGUCGGUGAUAUCUGCAAUCAAAAGCUACACCAUCUCUAGAGGAGUUGAUUACACUGUGUAUGAGUCUGAGCCACAGACAUUCUAUGCGAAAUGCAAGGGGUAUGGUGCAGGGUGCGACUGGCUUAUCCAAGCUAGCUUGAUUCGAAAAAAAACUUGUUGGGAGAUCAGGAGAUACAAUGGCAAGCACACAUGCACCAUGGGCAUGAUUUCACAAGAUCAUACCAAGUUGGACUCAGACACAAUUACAGAUGCCAUUAGGCCGUUGGUCAAAGCAGACCCCUCGAUAAAGGUAAAGUCUGUUAUUGGAGAAGUUCAAUUCAGGUUCAACUACAUUGUGAGUUACCGCAAGGCUUGGUUGGCAAAGCAGAAAGUUGUCGCAAAGGUUUUCGGUGAUCGGAAAGUUUCUUACCAGACUCUGCCAGUAUGGUUGAAAGCAAUGACGGUGAAGAUGCCAAGGUCUCGUGUUCAAAUUAAAACGCUCCCCGUUUACCGUAAGAGUGAGGAGGUUCAAGGUGUACGAGUUGUACACUGCGUUUUUUGGAGCUUCUAUCCGUGUAUUGUAGUAUUAAGACACUGCAAGCCACUGGUGCAGGUUGAUGGCACGCACCUGUACGAAAAAUAUAAAGGUGCACUUCUGGUAGCGGUUGCACAAUAUGGGAAUCAAAACAUUGUGCAUAUUGCAUUUGAAUAG